GACCGGCAUUAUCUAAAUUUCUUUGGACUUUCAAAUCAUAUUCUGGAGAGUGGCAAGGAACUUCAACACUUGCCAUUCAGUUAAGGUGUAGGUGUAUAUUGGUUGACACUCCAUAUUUUUGAAUCUUGUCUAGAGCUGCAAUAAAACAGACAGCGUUCCAAACAAAAGCCACUGAACGACUUGGCUAUAGCCGACAGCCUACAUGCAUUUGUUUUUAUCUAGCUAUAGCUUGAUUUAGUACAUUUUUAUUGGUGCCAAAUUAAACUGUGUCUAUAGCUAUGAAUAAAUCUAAGCUAGCAUUCGGACUUUUAGUCGUUGGCACUCUGACGGUAGUUUUUGGAACAGUUAUAGUUUUCGUUGGACCAAUCAUUAUCGACAACCAAAUAGUCAAGAACUUAGUGAUAGACCCUAAGAAUGAGAUGUCCUACACCAUGUGGAAGGAUGUCCCUGUCCCCUUCUUCAUGACUGUCUAUUUCUUCAAUGUCCUGAACCCUACUGAAGUCCUGGCUGGAGAGAAACCCAUGGUGGAGCAGAGGGGACCCUAUGUAUACAGGAAGCACAUUCAGAAGCAGAACAUCACGUUCCAUCCAAACCACACAGUGUCAUAUCUUGAAUACAGGAGCUACUUCUUUGAGCCCAGCAUGUCAGUGGGCAAUGAGUCGGAUGUGGUCACCAUCCCCAACAUGCUGGUGUUGGGUGCAGCAGUGAUGAUGGAGAACUUGCCGUUCGCAGUGCGUCUGAUGAUCAGCACCACCUUUAAGACCUUUAAGGAGGGACCUUUCCUCACCAAGUCUGUAGGAAAGCUGAUGUGGGGCUACGACAGCAAGCUGGUGGACUUCCUCAAUAAAUGGCUCCCUGGGAUGCUGCCCUCCACUGGCAAGUUUGGCCUUUUUGCUGAGUUCAACAACUCAAACACUGGUUUGUUCACAAUCCACACCGGCAAAGAUGACAUCAGGCUGAUUCACAAAGUGGACUCAUGGAAUGGCCUGACCAAGUUGACCAAUUGGAAGACUCCUCAGUGUAACAUGAUCAAUGGUACAGCAGGACAAAUGUGGCCUCCCUUCAUGACUAAAGAAUCUACACUGCCUUUCUACAGUCCUGACGCCUGCAGAUCUUUGGAGAUGGUGUACCAGCGUGAGGGGAUAAUGGAGGGGAUUCCUCUGUAUCGUUACGUGGCUCCUAAGACUCUGUUCGCUAAUGGCUCAGACUACGCUCCCAAUGAGGGAUUCUGUCCCUGCAGACAGUCUGGCCUCCUCAACGUCAGCAGCUGCAGAUCCAACUCCCCAGUGUUUAUCUCCCACCCGCACUUCUACAAUGCUGACCCUGUCCUGCUGGACUAUGUACACGGACUUCAGCCUACUGAGGACCAACAUGGACUCUUCAUAGACAUCCACCCUGAGACUGGUGUACCUCUGAAUGUGUCUAUCCGUCUGCAGCUCAACUUGUACAUGAAGAAAGUGUCUGGGAUCACGGAAACGGGGAAGAUCUCAGAGGUGAUGAUGCCCAUGAUGUGGUUUGAGGAGAAUGGUUAUAUCGACGGUGAAAUCCUGACGACGUUCCACACUAACCUGGUGCUAUUGCCAAUGGUGAUGGUGUACAUGCAGUACUGUUUCAUAGUCCUGGGCCUGGCCACCGUACUGGGGGUUGUACUACUAUACUACAGGAACAAGGCGUCGUUGAAAAAAUAUCAGCCUACAGUGAUCCAGAACCAUGGGGUUGGUCCACAUGUUAAACUGUUCCCAAUCACUCCUGAAAACAUGCCUCUAUCAUAUCAAUCAGAAGAAUGUGAUGGCAAUAUGAAUAUAAAAUAAUAAAAUCAUGAUUUACCCUGACAGAUUCUGAUCUGCCUUGAUUUGAUUAUAACAGUCCAUUAGGAAGGGUGGCCAAUUCUGGUCCUGGGGGACUGAUGUGCCAGCUUCUGUUACAACCAGCUCUAAAACGUAUGUUAAACUAUAGGGGUCAUGAUCUUUAAUCUGGACCAGAAUGAUUUAUAGUCUCUAGAUCUUUAGUCUAGUUCCAUUGGUCAGAUUGAAGAAUGACUGUAGUAUUAGCUGAACCAGCUGUGUGGAAGCUGGUUUGGAGUAAAAGCCUGCACAGAGGGACAAUCCAAAUGUUACGAUUGAUUGGUCAAGAUUGUCUGUAUGAGGUCAUUAACCAAUUGCAUUAACCCUGGAUGUCUUGCAUGCCACGCCCUCAGUCAUCUGUUUUCAAACUGCAUGAACACACUCAUAAAAACGCACACACUGCAUUGACGAAACCGCACACUGCAUGAACACACACACUGACUCAACACAAAUGACCCAAUGGCUGAGAAACUAAAUACUGGGCCAUGUUCAGUACAAAAACAAUGUGGAAUGUUGCAGAUAGAGAAGCCAUGACUAGAGCUGAAUGGGUUACGUAUUCUAUAUACCAGUGAGGUAUGUAUAUUCUACAUUGUACAUUUCUAUCUGAACGUUGGCCAAAGUUUUCCUGCUGAACAUGACCCUGAGCUUUUUGUCUGUCACGUUAUAAUCGACCACCUGACAACAAAUGUGGUUGCUCAGUAGCUGCUCUGAUUGGCUGAUUUGGUGAAGGGCUGGUUAUC